GGGCGCAGCAGGGGUUUUCGAUUCUCCCCUCCCUCGUUCCGCCGCCGCCGAAAAUGUUGGCGGCUUGCCGUCACGCCGCCUCCACCUCUCCUCGCCUCCUCCUCCGCCGCCUCUCCACGCAGCCCAAACCCAAAGCCCCACCGCCGCCGUCAGAUGAGGGCGCGGGGGCGUGGGCCCGUCGCGCGGCUGCGCUCUCGCUCCUGGGGCUCACCGGCGCCGUCGCCGCCAGCGCCGUCAGCGACCUCUCCGUCUUCCUCUCCUGCUCCAGCCAGGCAAUGGAGAAGGCCACACAGAACCAGCAGAUAGUGAGUGCGAUCGGCAUGCCCAUCACGCGGGGUGCCUGGUACAGCGCUUCCAUUGCCGUGAACCACGCGAGGAAUUCUGUCUCCUGCACUUUUCCCGUGUCAGGCCCUCAAGGAGACGGGCUUCUUAAGCUCAAGGCUGUUCGCUUGGGAGAUGGAUCUUGGUUAUCAUUUAUACAACGCAGUGACUGGGAGAUACUUCUUAUGGACGCCAUUCUUGAUGUUCAUACUGAAGAUGGGAAACACCAAACAAUAAGGGUAACGAUCCCAGACAACAAGAAGACAGCUCCACUGCCAGCUGACUGCAGCGCAUGCAAGUCCCAGCCAACACCGACACCGACACCACCUCCAGCUCAAGGGAAGUGAACCUCAUCCAGAGAUGAUCUUUGGUCUGAACAUAGCUACCAUGGUCUUAUUAUUUUCUUUUCCUGUUCCUCAUCAAGCUUUUCUAUAAUAAAAUAAGUACUUCCCAAGGGACAAAGUCAGCAGGAGAUUCUUUUCUGAUAUGUGGGCACUGAGCAAAUGAUACGACAUAGAGUAGGUUAGAUGAAACUUCUGUUGUUGUUGAAAGAAGGCUAAAUUGGACAAAAAGCUCAUUCUUUUGAAAGUUCAUUUCCAUGGUACUGAAGAAAGAGCCUAGUUCACUACUCGUAUUACAUAGCUAGCUUCAUGUUGGUUGCAGACUUGCAAUACAUACAUACUGACAGUAUGUUUUCUUCCUGGACGGUCAUCACAUUAUGUAUGCCGAAUGAUCAUUUUCUUUGUAAUGAUUGUUCCAGAUUGCUAUUUGGGAAUGUACACUGUUAGUGGUCGAGAAAUCUCUGACUCAUUUUAUUAAUUUGUGUUUAGAUUGCUU